AUGGCAACCACAGAGGAUCUCCUUGAAGGAGGAGCCCCAGACUCAGGAGAUGAACAUAUGGAGGACCCUGAGACAGUCAAACCCAAUGACCUGGAUCUCGGCCUGUACCAGCUGGUGACAGACACUGGUAUUGAGGAGGCCCAAGACAACAGCAAAGAGGGAAAUGACAGUGGGUGGAGGGAAAGCAGUAUUAGAGCUCUCCAGGAUGGUCCAAGACCAUCCAGCUCAAAUACUCACUGA